AUGACGAUUCAAGCCGUAUCGCCGAUUAUUUCCCUCCAAGAUGCUGAAAAGGGCACUUCUCAGACGAGGGAAGGCAUCAAGCCGGCACGGGAGCGGAGAGCGCCAAGGGUGGAAGCGGAGAACCAAAGGCAAGACGGACCAGGGGAAGGAGAGGCAAGAAGUCCCAAAUUAGGGGGAAACGAUGGGCAGAGAAAAAAUGAUCCAAAGGAUGCGUCGCCAACACGAACUGAACGAAAAGGAGUUGCAACACGGAGGGGCGAGGCGUCGAAAGGAGCGGAAUCGAAGACACGUGUGGGGAAAACGAACGCGCCAAAGAAAGAUGAGUCCAAAAAGGGGGCGGCAAGAAAGGAGGAAGCAAAAAUGGAUAAACCUGUUGAUUUUGAAGCGGAGGUGCGGCGACUGAAGGCCGAAGUGGAACGCGCGCGCGAAACGUUGCACCAGUCGAUUCUGCGCACUGAGGUCGAGGAGGCGCGGCAGUUACGGGAGGAGUUGCAGAAGAAAUUGAAGCAAACCUCCCCGGUAAUAGUUGAGGCGCCUGAUGCGGCCGGAAGACUUCUUUGCUGCCCGGUGUGCCGCAAGGGCUUCACUGCCAGCGGGUUGCUCUACGACCACUUUGCCGCGGAGCAUCCCGAUUCUCUCUUUGUGUGUGUCCCCAACCCCGUGCUAUUCCGUUGCCCGGUGUGCCGCGAGCAGUUCCCCGCAACUGACGCAUUUGAAGGGCAUCUCCUCAAGCGGCACAAAAUAAAGCCAACUGCUGCCGUGGGUUCGGUUGAAAGGAACGCAGAUAAAAGUUAUAGAGAUGAUCUUGAGUAUGGGGAAGGCGCUGGAGGAAAAAAUGCGGGAUGCUCGAUUAUGUAA